AUGUCGGAGAACAUCCCAGAGUCAAUACCAACCUCGGUCUCAAACAAGUCGAAUCGUCCGACCAAGAAGCGCGCUCUCACUCCAUCCACGCAACAGUCUGCAAAUGUUGAGGCGCUCUUCGCAAACCCAGACAAGGCAGAUGCCAGCCUCGCGAUAGGACCAAAGCCAAGGCUAGCCAAUGCGCCGCCGGAAAUUGUUGCCAACGUUCAAGGUUCUUCGGCGGGCGCAGGCAGUGGAGAGUUCCACGUCUACAAGGCCAGCAGACGGCGAGAGUAUGAGCGAUUACGUGCCAUGGACGAAGAGGUGAAGGCAGAGGAGGCCGAGAAAGAGUACCAGGCGAAGAAGGAGGAGUUGGAGAGGAAGGAUGAGGAGAAGCUGAGCAAGAAUCGGGCGAAGCGAGAGAAGGCUAAGAAGAGGCAGGAGAAGAAGAAAGCGAGCGAGAAGGGUGCCAUGGAGGUGGAUGGUGAUCAGACGAAGCAGAAUGGAGGUAUUACGAAGAAGAAGUUGGGGCCGGCGAAGGUAGCACUGCCUACCAAUGGUGAUGUUGGAGACGGACAGGAAGAAGGCGAGGCGCCACAGGAAGAAGCGGGCAUCACCAUCCACGACGAUGAUUGA